AUGUCGAAUUCGCUUGAACACCUCUUGCCACCAAGUUGGAAACCUCAAGUCACUGCCUGGCUUGCUGAAGACACGCCUUCUUUUGAUUACGGAGGCUACGUCGUCGGUGAAGCUGAACGAGAGGCAUUUCUCUUUGGGAAAGGAAAAACAAUCGCUGUAUUAGCCGGAGUCCCAUUCUUCACCGAAGUUUUCACUCAACUUGGAUGCUCAGUUGAAUGGCACAUCAAGGAAGGCGAAACUUUCGAGCCCAUCAAGCAUGUUGCUACAGUUCGAGGCAAGGCGAGAUUGCUGCUCCUUGGAGAGCGGGUUGCUUUGAAUCUGCUCGCUCGUUGCAGUGGAAUUGCUACGAAAUCGAAGAAGAUCCAGGACCUCGCGAGGGGAUACGGGUAUGAAGGAAUCAUCUCCGGAACUAGAAAGACUACACCCGGUUUCCGACUCGUUGAGAAGUACGGAAUGCUUGUUGGUGGGAUCGAUCCUCAUCGGCAUGAUUUAUCGAGUAUGAUAAUGCUCAAGGAUAAUCACAUUUGGUCUUCGGGAUCAAUAACAGCAGCUAUACAGCAAGCACGAGCAGUCGGCGGAUUUAGUUUACUUCUCGAUGUAGAAGUACAAUCGGAGGUAGAGGCGGAUGAAGCAAUUGAUGCUGGGGCCGACAUUGUUAUGUUAGACAAUAUUGAGGGUUCGGAGCUUGUAUCUGUUGCGAGAAGGCUGAAGGAGAAGUGGAGGGGCCAGAGAAAGUUUCUUUUUGAAACCAGCGGAAAUAUCACAGAAGCGAAUCUCCAUGAACGAGCCAUUAAUGAGAUUGAUAUAUUGAGCACUAGCGUCGUCCAUCAGUCAGUCCAGCACAUCGAUUUCAGCCUCAAGAUCCAGAAACCCAAGACUGCAUGA